AUGGCGGUCAUACUUAAAGAUCUCCAGUUAGGAUUUUCAGGCAGAAAAGAUACAAUCGUGAUUCGUUCAGACUCACUAUACGUUCUUCGAUGUACCAAUAAUCCCAAGUCGGCAAAACCACUUUUCAUAGAAAUCUGUUCCAAUUUUGAGCAGAACGGGCUUAGACGAAUAAAACCGCUCAGGGAUCUUCUAUCCCUAGGCGUCUCGAGGAAACUGAACAGGUUGGCAAGAAUUACCAUGAGUGACACAAGAUGCCGAAUGAAGGAAUCUUCCAAGGAGAUACAAAGGCAACCAAAUAAAGUUGUUGCUGCGGUUCCAGAGAAAGUUAAAAAUAGACAAAAUAUUAAGGAGAACGUAGUUGAUAUUUCUGACCAAGCUACUCAAAAUCAGGUUAACCAGCCACUUUACUUCCAACAGAUGAGCAGAAGUAACAUAAAUACUGAAUUAACUGAUAGACAAAAGGCUGUUGUGGAUGCAUUUAAUUAUGCUUGGAGGGGCUAUAAAAAUUGGGCUUGGGGUCAUGACAGUCUAAGAACUAUUUAA